CUAAAAGCGUUUUCUUGGAUUCUCUCGGCUCUGGGAUAAUUGAACAAAUGCACGACCUAUUUUACUCUUGGAAGCCGUUGAAAGACUUGGAAACAGAGGUUGAUGUGGUGGAUGUGAGUUGAUGUCGACAUCUGGAGCGGGUCGCGCGCAUUCCUUCGAAUAUUCGCCGGUAGAAUCAGCGCGAGCGUUUGUUUUCAUUUAGAUCUCGAGCGAUCAUAAUGACGCUGGAUGCUGCUCACAUUGAAGAGUGGGAAUAAACAACGCAAAGACGCAUAGAAGAGGAAGAAGAGGCCUGUGUCCUGCAUUAAUCAAUACACGACAUUCUCCAUCACUGAACCAUGGACAGAUUAGAGGAACUUGUGAACCAGUGGAUGUGGAGGCAGGAUUUCUGGCUUCCUCCUGGCGUCACAUGGAAACACAUCUCUGAAGGGACGGCGGACGGAGGUCGGCAUCCCGUACCCCGAGACCUGCUCAUCUCCCUGCCCUUGACCCUGGGUUUUAUUGCACUGCGGUUCGUCUUCGAAAGUGUUGUGGCUCUGCCGUUCAGCCGGUGGUUGGGCGUCCGGGACAGGGUUUGGGUGCGUGUCACACCCAUCCCGAAGCUGGAGGUGUUUUACCUGCAGAAGAAGCAUAAACCGUCACAGAAUGAUUUGCUGGUUCUGGAGAAGCACUGUGGACUUACUCAGCAUCAGAUCCAGACCUGGCUGCGUCUCCGCCGAAACCAGGACCGACCCGGCAACACCAGGAAGUUCUGUGAAGCCUCCUGGAGGUUUGUGUUUUAUCUCAUCGCGUUCUCAGCUGGUCUCGUCUCGCUCAUUAACAUGCCGUGGUUUUGGGAUCAUCGGGAAUGCUGGCGCGGAUACCCAAGACAGGUCGUAGCAGAAGCUCAGUAUUGGUAUUACAUCGUGGAGUUGUCCUUCUAUCUCUCCCUUCUGCUCUGCGUAUCGGUGGACAUAAAGCGCAAAGACUUCAAAGAGCAGAUCAUUCACCACAUCGCCACCAUUUUUCUCAUCGCGUUCUCGUACUGUGCGAACUACGUGCGCGUGGGAACCCUGGUGAUGCUCGUCCACGACUCUUCUGACUUCCUGUUGGAGUCUGCUAAGAUGUUCAAUUAUGCUGGAUGGAGAAAAACCUGCGAUGCCUUGUUUGUUGUUUUCGCCGCUGUAUUCUUGUUAACUCGUCUGGUGGUUUUCCCAUGCAGAAUCGUCUACACAGCUGUGGUGGAUUCGUUGGAAGUCUUUCCUCCGUACUCUGGUUAUUAUUUCUUGAACGGCCUGUUGCUGGUUCUUCAAGUCCUGCACAUCUUCUGGGCUUGGCUGAUUCUUCGAAUGGUUCACAAAUUUCUCUUUUUAGGCAAAGUGGAACGCGAUGAACGGAGUGAUGAAGAGAGUGAGGCUGAUGAAGAAGAAGAUGAAGGUGGAGAAGAAGAACAAAGCUGUAUUCUUCUAGGUUGUGUGGAAAUGUGUGAAUUUUCUGCAGUGGCUGUUGUUUUCAAAAUUGGUAGUGGUGGACCACUGGGAAAGACUUGCGGUGCAGUCUAGUGGUGAAAUGUCCACUUGUCUUAGUGAUUCUGCCACUGGAAGAAUUUGUCGCAAGAAACUACUGGAGUUUGUUGUGUUUUGUUAGAUGGCACUUUGGUUGAGCAUUGCCUUACCAAAUGAGUAAUCAUAUGAUUUCUCACUGGAGCAUGUGCCUCGAAGUCUUAAAAGUCAAAGGGAAUAGUUGAAUCUGAGGAAGUCUAUGUAGGCCCCUUGAUUUAUAUAAUCUGCUCCAAGGGCUAAAGGCAAAGUCUUUUUGUUGUUCUAGAUGGUUCUAGAAAGUUUAUUUGCACAGUAGCCAUAACUGAUCUUUCAUUGUAAAACUGUGCAUCUGUCUUUCACUGUUUUAAAAAAAAUCUGUAAGCAUUUUCCUCUUGUUUUAUUAUUGGGAUUUACCGUGUUUUUGAGUUUGUUAAUGCAACAUUUUGUAGCUGUUAUGUUACUUGUGACAAUGACAGAAGAGGGAUAUAUUCUUAUAAUCUUAAAUACUGUUAAUGUUGCAUACUUGCUUCUCAUUUGACAUUUUUCUGUGUGACCUUUUGAAUAACAAUAAAAAUGUACACUUACA